AUGCCAAGCCGAGCAGUCGUGAAUAAGUUGAAAGUUUGUGAAGUUCCAUCUGAAUUAAAAAAAUUAAAUAAUCUUGAAAAACAUUUAAUUGCUUUAAGAUUACCAUUUAUGAAAAUUGUAAAUUUAACAUCAGGAAAAUUAUCGAGUAGAUUGUCACAAAAAGGUACUAAAGGGCCACUUCAUUGUGUGCCAUCAGAUGUAGAAGACACUGUAACUACAUUACCUCCUCCAGUUGAUAAAUCGAUGAUGGUUCGAUUGCAAUUGAAACGACGUCUAAAAUACAAAGCUGUAUGGGAAGAACAAUUAAUAAAUCCAAAUGAUGUAAGAGAUGCACUAUUUGUUUUAACUAAGAUGCAUCCAGGAUAUAAAAGUAUAAAGAUAAAUGAUAUUCAUGAAAAUUAUCUUACAUCUGAUCAAGAAAAAAACUAUGACAAUAACAUUGAGUUAGUAGUUGAACCAAUGGAUGUUGACAACAUAUCAGAAGAAACUGUCAUUGAACAAACAGAAGUAUCUAAUGAAAAUGGACGAAAAAAUAAAGGACAUUUCGUCCGAGGACAUUUUCGAAAGGACAUUCUAGCAUGUAUUCAUGAAAAUAGUCUAAAAAGAUUAGCUUUGGAUGAUAUUGAUAAUACUAUUGAUAGUGAUGAAGAAAUCAAUGAAGAUGAUAAAGAUAUUCGUACUAAAUAUAAUAUUGGUACAGAUUCAUGUACUCAACCAUGUGAUUUUAAUGAUUUUUUAGUGUUUGAUAAAGAACCAUGCGUAGUGGCACCAGCUGAAAAAAAUAAAUUAAGUUCAUUAUUAACAGAUAAAAAAAAUUGA